UCAUAAAGUUUUUAUAACAAAGCAAAGACUCCCUUAAGGCAUUUGACAAAUGCAUUAGAGCAGGGGUUCUCAGCCUUCCUAACGCUGCCACCAUUUAACACAGUUCCUCAUGUUGUGCUGACUCCCAACCAGAAAAUUAUCUUCAAUACUACUUCGUAACUGUAAUCUUGCUACUGUUAUGAACAAUAGCAUAAAUAUCUGACGGUCUUAGGCCACCCACCCCUGUGAAAGGGUAGUUCCACUCAGAGGUUGAGAACAUCAGGUAGGUGAGUUACAGCAAAACUGGAAACUUUCUGUCACGCCCCUCAGGGACUAUCUGAUAGUGAUCGCCUUUGAGUCAUUGGAAGUUAGGAAUCUGAUGGCACAUUCCAAAAAAAAAAAAAAAAAAAAAAAAAAAAAAAAAAAAAGACAAGGGUGUUAGGUCAAACACAGAGAUGACAGUAAGUGGAUACCUGGGGGCAAAAGAUAACCAAGAUAGUUAGAUUCUAGACUUGCAACAUUCCAUCUUCCCAUAAUCAAGACGUUCCAAUCAGUCUCACAGACAUAGCUUAACACAGACAUAGCUUCCUCCUCUUCCAACUUCAAUCCACACAGGCUGGCUUUGCUCAUCCGAACAAUACGCUGAAAUUAUUUCUGCUUCCUGCUUAUUACAACAGAGAAAUGUCUUGGGCAAAAAUAGACUCACCUGGAACAUCGAAAAAGCUCACGUUAGUUUUUGCCUUACAUUUAUUUGGCACUUCUGAUCUAAUGAAUUGGUUCCUUAUUUGAGCGUCAAUUACCUAGUAUGUUCUAGGUAUACAGUCAGGGAGGUGGGUGGGUGGGGCGGGGAGAUAACAAAAACAAAGCAAAAUAAAAACAUAAAAGGGAUCUGUCGGUGGAAGGCGGGGAGGGGGCGGGGAGCAGGAGGAGUCUUGUUAACAGAUAAGGAAAAUCAGGGACGACUCCGCAGUUAAAUAAACCAAAGUCAGUCGAUUUGGAUAACUCCGCAGGAUUGUCGUUUAGGUUCCCCAGGCCGGGGAGGUAGGAGCAAGACGCUGAUUUGUGUUUUAAGUCAGGGGGGUGGGGAUCAAGGAGGCAGAAGUGACGGACAAGACAAAUUCAUUUUUUAAAAAAAGCAAAUAUUUAUAGCAGAAGAGAAUGGAUCACAAACAGACGUAGGGAGACACCUCCGAUCAUCCCCAGGUUACCAGCCAGCCAAAAAAAACAGGACGCGCCUGCGCAGCUGUGCCGGCCACCUGCGUCGACGGCGGGGGCGGGGUCCGCACUGCCCAGCUGGAGCUCGUUCUGGGCUUCUCGCUCGGCCCCGCCCCUCCAGAGACUCGCCUCCGGAUUGGCCCGGGCGGGGGCGGGGCCCGGAGUCCGGAAGUGCGGCUGACGUGUCCGGGCCGCGCUCGGAAUUGUGGGCGACUGGGCUAAUGGCGUCGGCGGGUCUGGGCACCCGGGGCGGGCAUCGCUGAAGCUUGUGGCCAGCUCGGCCGGUGACGCCCGCCGUGGCCAGGCCCCGCGGCAGCGGGAGGGACCUGCCCGUCUGGUGGGCUCCUGAGCCGGCGCCGGUGGAGCCUGGUGGGGCUGCACCGCUGCGGGCAGGUUUCGGCGAGCGGCCGGCGGCGGUGCGGGGCGGCCCGGGGGGAACUCGGGCACGCCUCGGGAGACGCAGCCCGGCUCCGGCCGUGCGCCCGCCCGCCCGCCCGCCCGCCGAGCCCUGGGCCCCGGCUAAGGAAGACUGAGGAGCCGCCGGCUGGCUGCGGGCCGCGCAAGCUGCUGACAGUGCCUGCUUGGUAGUGCUGGUCCCAGAUCGGCGGUGACCUGGAGGGACCAUGUCCUGCACCAACAGCCCCGAGGCUGUGAAGAAGCUGCUGGAGAAUAUGCAGAGCGACCUGCGGGCCUUGUCACUAGAAUGCAAGAAGAAGUUCCCACCUGUCAAGGAGGCUGCUGAAUCGGGAAUAAUAAAAGUUAAAACAAUAGCUGCAAGAAACACGGAAAUUUUGGCAGCAUUGAAAGAGAACAGCUCAGAGGUCGUGCAGCCUUUCCUAAUGGGGUGUGGGACCAAGGAACCAAAGAUCACACAGUUGUGUUUGGCCGCCAUCCAGAGACUCAUGUCCCAUGAAGUGGUGUCUGAGACUGCUGCUGGAAACAUAAUUAACAUGCUUUGGCAGCUAAUGGAAAACAGCCUUGAAGAACUUAAGCUGCUUCAAACAGUUCUUGUUCUUUUAACAACCAACACGGUAGUUCAUGACGAGGCACUUUCCAAGGCUAUAGUUCUCUGUUUUCGACUCCACUUCACAAAGGACAAUAUUACAAAUAACACAGCUGCUGCUACAGUCCGACAGGUCGUGACUGUCGUCUUCGAGAGGAUGGUGGCUGAAGAUGACCGUCACAGAGAUAUAGAACCUCCAGUGCCGAUCCAAGGAAACAGUAACAGAAGGUCUGUCAGCACGCUGAGACCCUGUGCUAAGGACGCAUACAUGCUCUUCCAGGACCUCUGUCAGUUGGUUAACGCUGACGCCCCUUACUGGCUAGUGGGCAUGACGGAAAUGACUCGGACAUUUGGCCUUGAGUUGCUAGAGUCUGUCCUCAAUGAUUUUCCACAAGUGUUUUUACAGCAUCAAGAAUUCAGUUUUCUCCUCAAAGAACGGGUGUGUCCGCUCGUGAUCAAGCUCUUUUCUCCAAACAUCAAGUUCAGACAAGGCUCCAGUACGUCAUCCUCUCCAGCACCCGUUGAAAAACCAUAUUUUCCUAUUUGCAUGCGUUUACUGAGAGUGGUGUCUGUUCUGAUCAAGCAGUUUUACAGCCUCUUGGUGACUGAGUGUGAAAUAUUUCUGUCACUUCUGGUGAAGUUUCUGGAUUCAGAUAAGCCACAGUGGCUUCGAGCUGUUGCAGUGGAGUCGAUACACAGGCUCUGUGUGCAGCCUCAGUUACUAAGGUCAUUUUGUCAGUCGUAUGACAUGAAGCAACAUUCCACCAAGGUUUUCCGAGACAUUGUGAAUGCACUGGGGUCUUUUAUCCAGUCUCUGUUUCUUGUCCCUCCUACUGGAAAUCCUGCCACAGCCAACCAAGCUGGAAACAAUAAUGCUGGCGGCCCAGCCUCAGCACCAGCUAACUCGGGGGUGGUGGGCGUCGGUGGGGGCGUUACUCUGCUGCCAGCCUUUGAGUAUCGAGGAGCCUGGAUACCCAUCCUGACCGUUACCGUUCAAGGCAGUGCUAAAGCCACCUACCUAGAGAUGCUGGACAAAGUUGAACCCCCAACUAUCCCAGAAGGCUAUGCCAUGUCCGUGGCCUUCCACUGUCUGUUGGAUCUUGUCCGUGGAAUCACCACCAUGAUAGAAGGAGAGUUGGGAGAGGUAGAAGCAGAGGGUCCCAGUGUCACAGAGGGAGCCUCUUCACAGUCGUCAGAACGGCGAGACGAGCAGGCGGCAUCCGACCCGAUGGACCAGGAAACAGCAGUGAGCAGAGCUGUUUGGGAAGAGAUGGUGAGCGCUUGCUGGUGUGGCCUUCUCGCUGCGCUCUCGCUCCUCCUCGACGCCAGCACAGAUGAGGCUGCCACCGAGAACAUUUUGAAGGCUGAACUGACCAUGGCUGCUCUCUGUGGAAGACUGGGCCUUGUGACCUCGAGAGACGCCUUUAUAACUGCAAUAUGCAAAGGCUCCUUGCCGCCACACUAUGCUCUGACUGUGCUGAACGCCACCACUGCGGCGACACUCUCCAAUAAAUCAUAUUCUAUCCAGGGCCAAAGUGUUAUGAUGAUCAGCCCGUCCAGCGAGUCUCACCAGCAAGUUGUGGCCGUGGGUCAGCCUCUUGCAGUGCAGCCUCAAGGAACAGUGAUGCUGACUUCCAAAAAUAUUCAGUGCAUGAGGACUCUGCUGAACUUGGCCCACUGUCACGGCGCUGUUCUUGGAACAUCAUGGCAACUUGUUCUGGCAACUCUUCAGCAUCUUGUGUGGAUUCUGGGACUAAAGCCUAGUAGUGGUGGUGCCUUGAAGCCUGGCAGAGCAGUAGAAGGGCCCAGCACAGUUCUGACAACAGCGGUGAUGACGGACUUGCCAGUGAUCUCCAACAUCCUUUCUAGACUGUUUGAAAGCUCACAGUAUCUUGAUGACGUAUCUUUGCAUCAUUUAAUAAAUGCACUUUGUUCCUUAUCUCUAGAAGCAAUGGAUAUGGCCUAUGGAAAUAAUAAGGAGCCAUCUCUCUUUGCUGUUGCCAAACUAUUAGAAACUGGUCUUGUUAAUAUGCACAGGAUAGAGAUUUUAUGGAGACCUCUGACUGGCCAUCUACUUGAGAAGGUCUGCCAGCAUCCAAACUCUCGGAUGCGGGAGUGGGGAGCAGAAGCUUUGACGUCACUCAUUAGAGCGGGGCUGACGUUCAGCCAUGAGCCUCCACUUCCACAGAACCAGAGACUACAGCUGCUUUUAUUGAACCCAUUAAAAGAGAUGUCCAAUAUUAACCAUCCAGAUAUUCGACUCAAGCAAUUAGAAUGUGUGUUGCAGAUUCUGCAAAGCCAGGGAGACAGUCUUGGGCCUGGGUGGCCGUUAGUUCUUGGAGUCAUGGGAGCAAUCAGAAAUGAUCAAGGAGAAUCAUUAAUAAGAACUGCCUUUCAGUGUCUUCAGUUGGUUGUGACAGAUUUUCUACCCACAAUGCCUUGUUCUUGCCUACAGAUAGUUGUAGAUGUUGCAGGUAGCUUUGGACUGCAUAACCAAGAACUUAAUAUUAGCUUAACGUCAAUAGGCUUAUUGUGGAAUAUAUCAGAUUAUUUUUUCCAAAGAGGGGAAACGAUUGAAAAAGAAUUAAAUAAAGAAGAGGCAGCUCAGCAGAAGCAGGCCGAGGAGAAAGGAGUGUCUCUGAACCGGCCGUUCCACCCCGCGCCACCGUUCGACUGCUUGUGGCUCUGCCUCUAUGCCAAGCUGGGGGAGCUUUGUGUGGACCCCCGCCCUGCCGUGAGGAAGAGCGCAGGGCAGACCCUGUUCUCCACGAUCGGAGCGCACGGGACCCUGCUGCAGCACUCCACCUGGCACACCGUUAUUUGGAAGGUACUCUUUCAUCUACUGGACCGAGUUCGAGAAUCUUCUACAACUGCAGACAAAGAAAAGAUUGAGUCUGGAGGUGGAAAUAUUUUAAUUCAUCACUCAAGAGACACGGCAGAGAAGCAGUGGGCUGAGACCUGGGUAUUGACAUUGGCUGGAGUAGCACGGAUCUUCAACACCAGGAGAUACUUGCUGCAGCCUCUAGGAGACUUCUCAAGAGCUUGGGAUGUUCUUCUUGACCACAUCCAGUCAGCUGCACUCAGUAAAAACAAUGAAGUGUCCCUGGCCGCUCUGAAAAGCUUCCAGGAGAUAUUACAGAUUGUGUCCCCUGUCCGAGACUCAGAGAAGCCCGAGCCCCCUGCCGUUAGCGUGCCCGUACCCGUCCUUCUAGGAAACCUUUCCGGCCCAGGCCUGAGCAGGCCGUUUGUGAGGACAGACUCCAUUGGAGAAAAGCUUGGCAGAUGCGGCUCGGAGACGCCUGUGGUGACUGACGAGCUGGAAGAUCUGAAGCUCUGGUGGGCUGCCUGGAACACCUGGCACAGGACUGGAUCUGAAAGCACAGAGCCGCCCAGCUCCGUCGAUGAGCUGACCUUUAUCCCCAGCCAGCCUUUCCUUACAGCCUUAGUUCAGAUCUUCCCUGCCCUCUACCAGCACAUAAAAGCUGGCUUCAGCAUGGCCGACUUGCAGAAGCUGGGCGUCAUCCUGCACAGCGCUGUCUCUGUCCCCAUCAGUUCUGACGCCUCUCCUUUCAUCCUUCCGUCUUACACGGAAGCAGUCCUGACAAGUUUACAGGAAGCUGUGCUUACGGCCUUAGACGUUCUCCAGAAGGCCAUCUGUGUUGGACCAGAAAACAUGCAGAUCAUGUACCCGGCUAUAUUUGACCAGUUGCUGGCGUUCGUAGAGUUUUCCUGUAAACCUCCACAGUAUGGACAGCUGGAAACAAAGCACAUUGCAAAUGCCAAGUACAACCAGAUCCAACUAUUUGCACCGGCGGAAUGGGUAGCCUUGAAUUAUGUACCGUUUGCUGAAAGAUCUUUAGAAGUAGUUGUGGAUUUGUAUCAAAAAACGGCUUGUCAUAAAGCAGUGGUGAAUGAGAAAGUCCUCCAGAAUAUUAUUAAGACUCUCAGGGUUCCUCUCAGUUUGAAGUAUUCAUGCCCUUCUGAAAGCACGUGGAAACUGGCGGUAGCCUCUCUCCUCAAAGUCCUGUCCAUCGGACUGCCCGUUGCCCGACAGCAUGCUUCCUCGGGGAAAUUUGACAGCAUGUGGCCAGAGUUAGCCAGCACGCUUGAAGACUUUCUCUUUACUAAAAGCAUACCUCCAGAUAAUCUCUCUAUUCAAGAAUUUCAAAGAAAUGAAAGUAUUGAUGUUGAAGUUGUUCAGCUCAUCAGUGCGGAGAUCCUCCCGUAUGCCAACCUCAUUCCUAAAGCGUUCGUGGGUCAGAUGAUGACCAUGCUCAACAAGGGCUCCAUCCACUCUCAGCCGUGCUCAUUCACAGAAGCAGAAAUUGACAUUCGUUUGAGAGAAGAAUUUUCUAAAAUGUGUUUUGAAACAUUGCUCCAGUUUUCCUUCAGUAACAAAGUCACAACACCCCAGGAAGGCUACAUCUCACGAAUGGCACUCUCUGUGCUUUUAAAGAGGUCUCAGGAUGUUCUGCAUCGCUACAUAGAGGAUGAGAGGCUGAGUGGAAAAUGCCCUCUCCCAAGGCAGCAAGUGACAGAAAUCAUAUUCGUUCUAAAAGCUGUCAGCACUCUCAUCGACUCACUGAAGAAGACCCAGCCCGAGAAUGUUGAUGGCAAUACCUGGUCACAAGUGAUUGCCUUGUAUCCGACGUUGGUGGAGUGCAUCACCUGCUCAUCCUCAGACGUCGGCUCUGCCCUGAAAGAGGCACUGGCUCCCUUUAAGGACUUCAUGCAGCCGCCAGCAUCCAGAGUUCAAAAUGGAGAGUCUUGAGCAGCUGCAGCACGUGUGGAGGAAGAGAUACCCUGAGGAACGCCUUCCCCGGAGUCUUGUAGAGGACGGACGCUCUACUGAAGUCACUCUUGGCAGCUGUGUUUGCCUUCUUUAAAUUAAAGUGUAAUUAUCUGGGUACAGUAAUUCAUACAAAAGCCUCCAUGUUAACCAGGGCUCCUGGAGGAGCUGAGCCUUUGCCUGGGUGACCGUGCUGGGAGGGACAGUGAGCACUGCUUCACACCUGCUACCAUGUCUUCAGUUGGUGACUUAAAAGUGAGCUUAUGUACAGUUUGUUGUGUAUGUGUUAAUGAUGUACUUUUUAAAAAGAAAGAAAUGAUAUUUCCAUUCAGAUUUUUGAGGCUGGUGUUUUGCACCCUUUUUCAAGUACAGAAUCAUACUAAAAUUUUAUGCAAGGUGGUACUAUAACAUUCCAUACUCUCUACAACCAGCCCUUGAGAACAAAGGGAACUGACAAUACUGUGUGUAUAAUAAACAGGACAGUUCUGUAUAAAACAGUUGCAUUUAUUUAAAAUUUUAAAAUACUGAUGAUGCUAAAUGCUCGAAGCUGUAUUUAUUAUUAAUACAAACUUGUUUGCUUACGUUUCUACUUCUGAUUUGCCUUCUUGUGGGGCAGAUAAGCUUACCGUGUACUCGUACAGAUGGCUUCAUGCUGUUUACAUGCAUUGUCGGUGACGAGAAGGAUCGAGGGAGUGCAACAGCAGAGGUAUGAUGGCUGACUGCACCUCUGGAAUGCAGGUCCUAACGUAACAGAGACAUGUUGUAGCAGGAUGACCGGUCAUACCUCACUCCUUUCAGCCUCUCUCUGAACUCUCAUGCCUCCUUUUACACUGCUGUCUGAAUUUUAAAGACUUUUCAUAUUUUCUAUUCCUAUGCUUUCAACAUCUGAAAGGCAAGAUGACUUUAUACUUCAUGAAACUUUUCUGUGAGGUUUUGUUCUUCUCUGUUCUUCCUUUUCUGGGUUCCUCCCAAGAGGACCCAGCAUGAGGCUGACCCACAGUCUAAAGCGCGUGUCCCAGGGCAGGCGAGUGCUGGAGGAGAGCAGAGGCUCGCUGCGCUCAGGAGGGGCUCCUGCUGCCCCAGGAGAGGACUGCAGCAGGGCACGGGCCUCUCACGAAACUCACGUUGACCUAGCCCGCUGUAGGUUUUUUAAUUAAUUAUGCUGUUACAAUAUUUUUUCCAAGUAAAAAUUUUAUUUCACAAGUGCUGGAGACAUGAAACAUGUUGAAAAUGUUGCUAUUAAUAAGAAGUGAUAGUGAGGUUAAUAUUAUUUUAAUGCACUAGAAAGCUUUUGACUUUAACAAGAUUAUAAAUUUUGGUCUCUCCAAAAUAAUCAUAAACCUAUAAGGAGGUGUUAGAGUUGAGUAAUCACUGAGGUAGUUUUGAGGCUAUUUUAAUUAUGUAAUGAUUUAAUUUGCACUAUAUUCUUUAUAUGUGUGACAAGGCCUAUUUUGAAGGAAUAUUAUUUUUACUCACAUGAAUCAAUGAAUUUCUAUUUUAUUAUUUUACUUAGGGUUAAGGUAAAACAUGGUAUUUCAUAGACUCUGCUGUCAGUGUUUUCUUAAAGGUGUAAAAAAAUGACUCAAGCCGUGUAUUUUUUAUAUUUUGAUAUACUCACUUGUGAAUUAAAGAAUAGGACUAUCACUGAUAAAGUAUCAAAAUAGUAAGAGUGGCAACAUUUUGAAAAUAUUGCCAUGGGUUUCUAUAAAGUCAGUGUCCGCUCGUGAGAAGGAACAGAGGAUUGCAACCUGAACAGCCCUUCUCUGAAGCUAUCUGUGAGCCAGGGCUCUACAGCACACCCUUACCUCGGAUCAUCUGAGCUAAUACAGUAUUAGUUUUCAGGACCAGCGAGCGUCGUGCUGUAUAGUUCAAAACAUAAAAAUGUGAGGCAUGGGUUAAUGUGCAGUAACCAGUGCCAGUCUCAAUGCCAAGCAAGCGGGCCACUCCCUUGGUAGAAUAACAGCCCCCUCCCCCCAAUCCCUCUCAACCCGCAAGGAGUGAGUCCCAGUCAUUAACGCUUUUGGGUCACACAUGCUUCUAGGCUACCUUUUCUGAAAUGUGCUGGCCUCAGAGUGGUUAACAUGGUAUCCUUGUCCUGUAAACAUGACUUGGGUUUUUCAGUCCAUACAAGAACUGACUGCGGGGUUACUAGAUGCAAGGAUAUCUCUAAAGCCUCCACCACGAAGCACCAAGUUAAAUCCCCUUCAUUGCCUCCUGUCCCCACCCCCGCCCCACCCCUGUCUCAGUGCAGUGAGUUUUAAAUCUCAGAGUCUUCACCACUGACCCCCUCUGUUAGACCACUGAACGCCAGGCUGUACUAACAGCGGUGCAGUCAUGGAGGGCUCAAUAGAACUGUUUGCUGGCACAGGUCGUCCUUUGGGCUCUGGUGGUACAACCACUAUCAAGGGAGAAAGGGCAAUUCCGUAGCGUCUCAGUUCUUCAGGAUUAAUCUUAAGGUUUUGUUUUACUGCAAGCAUUUUGCAUACCAUCUAUUAAAAGCCUAUUGUGUGCCAAAGGUGGGGGAAAACUUGUUAUUAAGUCUAACUAGAAAAGAAGUGCUUUUAACUUGUUUAUAUUUUUACUACACUAACAUUGAUGGUCUCAGUUGUUUCCUCACAAAUGGUUAUUAAGUCAACAUUCUUUAAAUUAUAUAGAGCAUCAGAAGAAAACAGUGGAGAAUUUAUUUUCUUUAUGUUAUCAUAGUGACUAAGUCACUUUAAGCAGCAGCCAAUAACAGUUAUCUGUCCUUUCUCCUACAGUAUUUAGAAUGUUAUAUUUAUUGUCGGUUUGGUACCACCUUGUCCCAGGUGAGCAUUUGGCCAAUGGUCAGCUAAAAAGCUGCAAGUGAACUAAUAAACUAGAGAACAUUGCAAAUACAUCCCUUGUAAUGAAACACGCAUGACAGUCAUGUCAUUAAAAGGCGCCAUUAAAUACUCUCCUCAAACGUAGAAUAAUUCAUGUGCAGAACCAAAUCCGUAAGAGUUGGCUAAGGGCCGCUAAACUAGAACCCUUUCAGGAAAUACUUACCUGUGACUGCCACUGAAAUUAACUGGAAAUCAAGAGCCAAGAUAGAUUACUUUUCAGCCUCAGAAUAUCGUGAAUUAUAGGUUUUUCUAGGAAACUACCUCGAGGUAGACAAAAACAGUCUGAAAUUAACUGGAAAUCAAGAGCCAAGAUAGAUUACUUUUCAGCCUCAGAAUAUCGUGAAUUAUAGGUUUUUCUAGGAAACUACCUCGAGGUAGACAAAAACAGUCUCGAUUCAGAAGCAUCGCCAGGAGCCGAGAGUGCUCCCACUUAUCUGCCAGGACCCGAGAGUGCUCCCACUUAUCUGCCAGCAGCCGAGAGUGCUCCCACUUAGCAGAGUUGGCUGUUGCAGCUACUUGUCAAAAGUAUCGCAGUUGACUAUGCAUAGUGCUACAAGGCUAUCUUCAUUAGACUGAACUGAUUGGUUGGGUUUUUUUGUUGUUGUUUUUAAGUUAUUCAUAAGAAGAACAGGAAUUAUAUGACACAUUGUAUUACUGACUUACGUAUGGUGAAGGAAUAGUUUUCAAUCCUUUAUGGUCAUUUGAAUUAAACAAUUUGUAUCUCUGGA